AUAACUAAUAGAGUCAUCCAUUCGGAACGCCUUCGCAACAUUUCUAUCGAGAACCAGCACCUUUUUUCUACCCACCCAUUUAUAGGAACAACGGUAAUGGGAAGAAAAUUUGCCACAGAACUGCGCUGCAAGUGAGAAAGGAAAAUAAACACAGUCACUGUCUGUUAUUUCUGACUUUUGAAGCUGCAGGUCUAGUGUCUUGAAAAAACUUUUUAUUCAUACCUUUUUCCCUCAGGAUGUCCAAAUUAUAUCGAAUGUCAUACAGCGACAAUAGUCGAACCGUCUAAACCUACGAAUUAUCGCUUCCAUCGACAAUCAUGGCAAGUGACAAAUCGGAUUACCCUCUAAUUCUUGAAAAAAGGAAAUCAUAUGGAGGUGAAGAUUCAAAAGAAAAUGAACAUAUCGAAAACACAUCACACUCAUCGCAAUUCAGCCAUGGCGGUCUUUCGAUCAUGAGUGCAACAGCCCUCAUCAGUGGAAAGAUUGCCGGUUUAGGGAUCCAGAUACUUCCUGGUGCUAUUUCACGGACUGGUGUAUGGGGUCUUAUGGUGGCCAUUGUUGCCUUGCUUCUGUCGGCUUUCUCAGGGACAUUGCUAUCGAAGAGUUGGAUUAUCUUACGACAUAGAUUUUCUAAAUACAGAACAGAAAUCCAUCGAUAUCCCUACCCAGCCCUCGCCUACGAGGGCUAUGGAAUAUGGGGCAGGCGGAUAGCAUCUGUUCUCCUUUAUCUGUACGGUGUCGCGAUCUGUACGACGGGAUUGCUAAUCCUAGCAGAUAAUCUCGAUGUAUUACUCAAUCUCGUCGGAGUACGUCUGACAGUAUGCUCGUACUUGCCCAUCGUAGCAGUGUGUGUCUGCCCUUUCCUCUGGAUGGGAACCCCGAAGGAUUUCUGGUUUGCAGGUUACUUCGCCGUCAUCACUGCGACGACGGCCGGUGGGUUCCUGUUCAUCGGAGCCCUGCUCGACCACGAUUACUACUCCAACCUCGACAACCACGGCGGAGUCGAAACCGCAGAGGUUUUGUCGUCGAUGGGCGACAUCAUAUUCGCGUACGCGGGACAAUCGGUGUAUCCCACAGUGCAACACGAUAUGCGUAAUCCGGAAGAUUUCACGACCAGUGUAUUGCUUGGUUACGCAGUUAUAGCAAUUAUUUAUUUUCCGGUCACCGUAACGUGCCUCCUCAUCUACGGUGAGACUUUUCAAGCGGUCGGGGCAGUAAACAUCCUGGACAUUGUGACGUCACAUUUCAUCACCGUACCCUUCAUAAUUCUAAUAAUGUGUUAUACGAUACCAGUCAUCAUCAUCACCUCGAAUCCCUUCUUCCAAGAUGCUGAAGAUUUGUUCAAUAUUCCUUACGAAUUCACGUGGAAACGCUGCUUACUGCGUUCGUUGUAUGUGCUCUUUCUACUCGUCAUCGCCACGACUUUCCCGCACUUUACGACCUUUCUACCGCUGGUUGGUGGUCCGCUCGUAGCAGUCGUUAAUUUCAUUCUUCCCAUUGUCAUAUACGCAAAACUUGUUAGUCUCGAACCCCCAGCCGUUGCACCCGAGAGUAUUAUUCCCGCGUGUUUAACCAACACUUGUCACGUGACUAUUGUGAUCGUUGCAAUCGUUGGAGCAGGGAUGUCGUCUGGUACAGCCCUCUAUCGUCUCAUCAUGCACCACAACGACGUUUAUCUACCUUGCUAUGCUAAUAUAAGUUCCUACUAUAACUAUGAAAUGUAAAGAAGGCCAGUAUAUCACCGUUAAUAUGUUGGGUAUAACAGAUGAAGAGAGUUCCAAGUUUUGUGGAAAAGGGACCAGGAAUGUAAUAGCUUUGAAAAUGUAUGACCGUUGAUCGGAAUCGCCAUCAUACUCGCUGAGUGCAUGUGGUAGAGCGGCUCCCUCGUGAGGGUUUCCAUGACAUUUGCUCCGGCGACAAUUGCUCCGCUGCAAAUUCCACACAUUAAUGGAAUGACAAACUUAACCCUCAAAUCCCAUUGCAACCAUAUUCUUAGACGAAAUAAGGCCGGAGCAAUUGUCGCCGAAGCAAUGAGCGGUGAUGGUUUGUGUGUUCGUUCCUCGGCCAAACCAAAGUCAUGCCAAAGACUUAAAAAGGGACCUUCUUGUUAAGCUGUCGAGAAGAAAGGGAGGAGUAGAAGAAGAAGGGGAAGGAGAAGAAGAAGAAGAAGGAAGAGGAGAAGGGGAAGGGAAAGAAGAAGAAGAACAACAAGAAGAAGGAGGAGGAGAAGAAGAAGAAAAUAAAAAGAGGUGAAGAGGAAGGAAAAAGAAGGAGGAGAAGAAGAAGAACAGGGAGGAAAGGAGGAGUAUAGGAGGAGGAGAAGAAGAAGAAGGAGGAGGAGGAGGAGAAGAAGGGGAAGGGGAAGAAUAAGAACAAGGAGGAGGAGAAGAAGAAGAAGAAAAUAAAAAGAGGUGAAGAGGAAGGAAAAAGAAGGAGGAGAGGAAGGAAAAAGAAGGAGGAGGAGAAGAAGAGGGGGAAGAAGAACGAGGAGGAGGAGGAGAAAAAGAAGAAGAAGGAGGAGGAGGAGGAGGAUGAGAAAAAUGGAGGAGAGGAAGGAGGUGAAGGAGAAGAGGAGGAGGAAGGGAGAAGGAGAAAAAGAAGAAUAAGUAGGAUGAGGAAGAGCCUAUAGAAGGAGAAGAAGAUAAAGGAAAAUAAGAAAUAAGCAGAAUGAGGAAAAGAAGUAUAUAAAGAUAGACAAGGAGGAGUAGGAACAGACGAAGGAGCAGGAGAAGAGGAAUGAAUCUGAAAUUUCAUCUCAUAUCUGCACCCUGAUACAUUAUGAUCCGCGGAAUGAAUUUCAAGCCUCCGUCUUGCGAUUUCAUAAUAUUCAUAACCUAGUCUUGUCCGUAUUUCAUCAAACUUUAUUUUGUUCAUGAAAUUAGUGUGCUUCUGAUAAAGGGUGUACAAAUUUUGUGGAGAUCGGUCUCAGGUCAUUCAAUGCAUAUUGUUAUAAUAUAGAGUAUAUAAAUCUAUAUAAUGUACUCUUACAUUUUAUUGCAAUGAAACAAAUGAGGUAUAUUUGUUGCCGUUUUAAAACCGACUUUGAAUUUUAUCUUAUAUUUUAUUAAUAAAUUUCAUGCAGUCGAAUGUAAAUUUACGUGCAAAUACAGGUACAUCUCUUUUUUUGGGACAAAAUUGCAAUACAGAUAGGAAUGACUUAAGUUGGCGUAAUUUCAUUCAUUGACUGUUUGAUUGUAUUUAUUCUUUUCCAUUUCGACUUGAAACAAAAUCUACAAUUUUAAAGCAACAAAAAUAUGAUAUACAGACAUGCAAAACAAGCACUGGAAGGAAUGCACAUCACCAGAGAUAUUUAUAAACACAUAUAUUGAUAAUAAAAAUAAAUCAAGGCUCAAAUUUAUCACGUUAAAAAUCAAUUCAGUAAAAAUUACUAUAUGAAAGGCUUAGCUGUGUGUAACUAUGCUCGCUAUGUUUGACCAGUUUCUUGUCCUGUUUGACUCGAACAAAGUCAUUUCUGACUAGAAAAAAAUGGUUUGUACAAAAUUAUACUCACUGUCGAUAUUUUUUGGUAGACGUACGAGGUAGUUUUGAAACACUUUUAACACGCCCGAUGGGUAAUUUGGGCUUCUUAAAAAAGGUACUAGUAAUUAUAGUCACGACUGUGUAACUUCAACAGUGGAUAUUAGUUAAAACAAAUUUUCUCAAUGAUAUCAAAAUUUUAACUGAAACUUUAUUCAGAUCAUCCCCGACCAUUUUUUAAGUGCAUGUGCAUGAUAAAGGAGUUUCUUACAUAAUAGUAAUGUCGUUAUUGUUUGAAUGUUUUAAGAUAGUAAAGUUGAACUGAAUUGAUCUGAAAUAUAGGAAUUUCUAUAAAUAUCAAUCAAAGUUAUAUAUCUGCAAAAAAAAUUCUGAUUGGUUAUAUAAAGUUGUAAUAAUAAUAAGAUAAUUUUACUUUAUUGUGUAGAGCUCAAUACAUCGCACGGCACCAUUUAAGGUUAUUAGCAUGAUAUAUAAUGAGGGUGAUAUGCGGAUUGUUGUUUAAAACUUGGUAAUAUUUGCUGCAAAAUGAAAAUUAUUUUUUUAGGGAAAUAAUCAGUAUAAAGAAUAAUCAUUUAUUGUAACACUUGGUAUCAUUCUCACAUGUGUGUGUGAGAAGAAAAUUAAAAAAUGAAAAUGAUGAUCAUUGGU